UGGUCAUAGAAAUUAUUGGAAAAACCUCAAAUACCUGUCAGAAUUUGUGGAGAAGGAAGCAAACAAGCUGAGAUAUUGGUUGUGUGCUCUCACAUAAAUAUGCACAAGGUAUAAAUAAAUUCUCUAACUUUUAGACUAAGCUUUAAUAUACAUUUCAAAAACAUUUAAUGCAGCGCCUCUAUUUAUUUUACAGUUUAGCUGGGAAAGUUUGCAACUGUUUCUUAUGCUCUGAUCUCCACUUGGAGGUAGUGCUAUGCAGACUUUCUGAAAACUGGAAUUUCUGCCUAUAAUAAAUAUGCCCACUAUUGGUUGAAUGAAAAGAAUCUAAAUUCAGCUUAUGUCUUGCAUUCUUUUAUUCUUGCAGGUGACUGAAGGUGUCUAGCCACUAGGUGCUGAGACUUGUGGGAACUUUAAGUGGCUAAAAAUCAUGGCUUAUGCUGAAAUGUGUUCAGAUCCAUCCUGGUCUUAAAAUAUUUUUCAGACAUACCGAGUUGUGGUAUGUUGAGUGUACCAUGCUAUAGGUGAGGUACCAAGAUCUCUCCUUCCCUUCAACCACAGGACUCUCCCUAAUAAUGCUGGAAGUGAAAAUGAAUCAUUUAUGAGCAUCAGUAGACACAUGGGUGGGGCCUCUUUGUAAACUGGUAUUUUGUUGAUGCAAUAUGUGUGACAGCCUUUUAGUUCUGAAUAUAAAUGUUACUGAGAGGAAAUUAGGUUGGUUCGCAGAGAUCAGCCAGACCUUGCAGUGCAUCUUGCUGAGGAGCAGGUACCACCAACCAGCACUGUGCUUCGGAUACUAGUACAUGCAGAAGGAAAAUGGAAGUCAUUGAGCUUGGAGAUGUUGACCUGAACUGUCCUUCCAAUUGCCAAAUUCAUAACACCCAUUUCUUCGGAACUGACAGACAGAUAAUAAGGAGAGGGCAAGCCUUCAACUUUUAUGCUCGCUUCCAUAAUCGGGAAUGGGAUGACUCCAUGGAUCAGGCCAUUUUCACCGUGGAGACAGGCCUCAGACCCUGCGAGUCAAAUGAGACGAAAUGUACAUUCCCAAUGGGCAGAUGUCUAGAUCAAACCUGCUGGAGUGCUUCCUACAAAAUUCAUCAACCAAAAUGCAUCAGUAUUAGUGUGUUUCCUCCCUCCAAUGCCUGCAUUGGCCGUUAUAUUCUCAAUAUGCAAAUCACAUCUUGUGGUCACACAUACCAGCGAUGUCUUGGAGAUUUUUAUGUCCUUUUUAACCCAUGGUGUGCAGAUGACCCUGUGUAUAUGGAUAAUCAGGCUCAAAGAGAAGAAUAUGUUCUGAAUGAGCAUGGCAUACUGUAUGAAGGAGUUCACAAACAUAUUACCUCUAGACCUUGGCACUUUGGACAGUUUGAAGAUGGAAUUCUGGAUAUCUGCUUGAAGAUUCUAGACAUGGGUGCAAGUUACCAUCACGGCUCUGAUCGAGACCAUUGUUGGCGCAAUGAUCCUGUGCAUGUCAGCAUGGUGGUAAACCACAUGAUAAGCAGCCAUACCACUAACAGCAUCAUGAAGAUUCCAGAAAACAAUGAUUACCUGAAAGGAACAAAACCAUUUUCCUGGAAUGGAAGUGUCCCCAUUCUUCAGCAGUGGUAUAAUGGCAGAUGCAGACCAGUCAGAUAUGGGUACUGUGGGUCUCUUGCUUCAGUAAUGUGCACAGUGAUGAGAUGUUUGGGAAUUCCAAGUCGUGUUGUCACAAAUUUCUGUUUUCCAUGCUCAAAUGAGAAUCCCCUUGGUAUUAAUGAGAUUUUUGACUGUACUGGAAAAAACCUCUGUGGAAAAGACAAGCUAUGGCGAUACCACUGCUGGAAUGAGUCUUGGAUGGCUCGCAGAGAUCUAAAUCAGUGCUGUGGUGAUUGGCAGUGCCUGGAUCCAACACCUUUGGAAACUGGCAGAGGUUCAUCUUGCAGUGGUCCUACAUGGGUUCGAAGCAUCAGAGAAGGGGAACUGGACUUGGACUUUGAUGGUCAUCAUAUGUUUUCUCGGCUAAAUUCGAACUAUGUUGGCUGGCUUUCCCAAAACAAUGCCAAAAAAACAAAAGUUUUCUGUGACACUUGGCCAUGUGGACAACAUCUAAGCACUAAGAGUGUUGGCAGCGAGCAACUGGAAGAUAUCACUGGAAGUUACAAAUAUGAGCUAGGUUCUGUGAAAAGCAAAGAAGCCUAUUACCGGGCUUACAGAAGAAUUCACCCAGGGUACUGCAAUGCUUCCAACUGUCAUAUAGAUAGGGAGUUAUCAUCUCUGAAAAACCCAUUUUUGAGUGACAGCGGUAUUAACAUGAGGCUAAAGAUGGCUAACUGUCCAAUGUAUGGUGAAGAUGUCCAACUGCACUGGCUGCUUGAAAAUUUGCGUAGUGAACCCAAAACCCUGAAGUUUAAUUUGUGUGCACAAAUAAUAACAUACAAUGGUUGCCCAAUGGAUCAAUUUUGGAAAGACAGCGUGACUGUUGCAUUGGGUCCGAGAGAAGUGAAAAAAAUCCCACUGUGUAUAUCAUAUAGUCAAUAUGGACCUUAUCUCUGUGAUCACAACAUUAUGAAAGUAGUUGCUGUCUCAGAUCCAGAGUGUGGAGAAGUUCUGAUGGUUAGCAGGGAUAUUGUGAUCAACAGGCCACCUGUUAUUGUUAAGCUAUUGAGCCAACCCAGGCUGAAAGUACCAUGUACAGCAGAGAUCUCCUUCUGCAAUCCUCUCCAGGAAGAUAUGAAGAACUGCAUAAUGACUUUAGAAGGCUGUGGUUUAUUCAAAGAGCCAAUGACCAUUGAUUUGGGAACACUGGCUUCCAAUCAGCAGGCACGGACUAUUGUAGAGUUCACACCAUACAGAUUGGGCAGCCACCGGCUCCUAGCCAACUUCGGAUGCCACAAGUUUGCCUACUGCAAAGGAUGUGCCAAGGCUGAAGUGUGUAAUCCCGUGGGGCAGAACGGCUCCCUGCCCGUGGGGCAGAAUGGCUCCCUGCCCAUGAGCCAGAACGGGUCGCUGCCAGUCUGUGAGAAUGGAUCCCUGCCCGUGAACAGCUCUGGGCCGGUCCCUGCAGGGGACCCUGGGCUCAACUCCAUGUGUGAAUACAUAUGCAUCCCUGUGUGCAACCCGAACUGCAACCCAGGGGGCCCACCUGUGUAUGACUUUGUGUACCUUCCUGCGGGCCAUCCCUUAUGCAAUACCAUCUGCAACCAAGGCUUCAACCCAAACAUCAAUCCUGGUUUCGACCCGGGGUGUGAUCCUGGCUUCCGAGUUAUAUGCGAGACCAUGCCUCCCGCUACGUGUGCCCCGAUGCCUCCGCCCAUGUACGGCUCUAUGCCGGUUGCAUCGUCCAACCCCGUGGGCCCCCCUAUGCCACAUGUGGUGUUUGAGACAGGGCCCAGUCCUGCACACCAGCCUGGAGGUGGAGGGGGGGCGAUGUCCUAUUCUGUCUCUGUCCCAGCAAAUAAUGCGGUGAGUGCCCUGCUGACCCACUUCAUGGCUGGCCCCAGUCCCACUGCAGCAGCCCAGGCGGUUCCUACCCAUCUGCCAACCCACCCUGUGUGCUCUCCAGUUGCCAACACUGUCGGCAGUCCCAUGCCACCGCCUGCAGCCAUUUCAGUGCCUGCUGCCUCCCUCUCCCAUGUUGUCUGUGGCUCCGUGCCCUCUCCCACAGCCCAGCCUCCCUGUGGCUCCAUGGCCACCCUUCCGACCCAGCCCCUGAGUGCCCCAGUAGCCCAUGCUGUAUGUUCGCCAGCUCCCUGCCCUGAAGCUUCUCCGGUGUCCCGCUCUGCACGUAGCUCUACCCCUGCAGGGCUGCACCUUGCAGGCUCCCCAGCCCCCCGCCCUGUGGGACCCCCAGCAGCUCACUCGCUGUGCUCCCCUGCCCCCCGUCCCGUGGGACCCCCAGCAGCGCACUCACUGUUCUCCCCUGCCUCCAUCUCGGUGGGAGCUACAGGGGUCCGCUCUGCAAGCUCACCCACCCCUUGUCCCGAGGAUUCGUCAGCCACCUGCUUUGCAUCUCCCCCAACACCCCGGCCUCUGGCAGCUGCCACAGCCCGCUCCCUCUGCAACCCUUCCUCUCGCUCGGUCUCCCGGGCUGUCUGUACCCCAGGGUCUCGCUCUGUCUGUGGCCCUCAGUGGGGGCCUUCCUGCACUACCACCACCACCUCACGCUCAGGCUCCCACUCCACAUACACUCCAACCUUCCGCUCAGCAUGGAACCUCACAGGGCGCUCGAGCUAUAUCCCCUUCUCCCGCACCUCCUACAACACGCUCACAGGACCUCCCUAUAGCUCCUUGUCCCGCUCCUACAACACUUUGUCCCGCUCAGCCUACACCACCCUGCCCCGCUCUACCUCUCCCUCUGCUUAUGCUACCCUGCCUCGCUCUGGCUCACGCCCCACCGGCAGUGCCCUGACCCGCUCUGGGGCCCGCACCCCCUGGAGUCCCAGCAGGGGUACUCUCUCCUAUUUCAAGCGCAAAUACCUGUAAUUGAGAGCAACCCACUGGCGAAGAGCCAAAGCAAGUGAAUUAAAGUCUGUACGCAGAUGCUUUGAAAAAAGGUUAGAAAUAGGGUGAUGGAGAGCAACCUGCGUAGUUCUGAAUAUUUGUCCAGGCGUUUGAGAUGUGUUGGAAAGCAGGCUGCUAGCCAACCCCUGAGAAGUGCAUUUGAUGUAAUGUUCAUGUGUCUUGAGAUACAGUCCAGUGGAAGUGACAAAUGAAUGUGCUCCCUCUGGAGCCGUAGUGACAACAGCUGCACAGUGCAAGUAAUCGGACUAGAUUGCUCAGUCAAGCCCUUUUAUAAACGAUCUGCUUUCAUUCUCUUCCCUCUUGAUUUCUUGCAAUGUGUAUUUCUCAAAUCCCCCUGGGCUACAUGGCUCAUUGCAAAUCUCUCUCCCCAUGUGAGAUGUGCUGUUACUGGUGUUCUGUGGCCACAGAGGUGGUAGAAAGACCCUCAUGACAUCUCCCCAAACACACCUUGGCCCUUGAGCUCUGAUCUCUUUGUGGCUAAGGUCAGUUCUGCAUGCACUUGUAUUUCCUUAGUUAUAAGGUAAUGAAAACUGUGGUGGUCAUGAAGUAACUAAAUCAUUACAAAACAACUUAAGUGUUCAGGAAAAAAAAAAAAAAAAAAAAAAAGGAAAAAGGAAAAGUUAGUAUGGUAAAUUUGGUAUUACUACUCUGGAUUUAUUACCAGUCCAAUAUCAGGAAGAAAGGACAGAGUGGAAAGGCUGAAAAACUUGAUGAAGAUUUAAUACCAAUUAAACAACAUCGGCUUUCAUAGCCAAUGGUUUUCUGUAAAGCGUUUCACAAAGUUUUCCUCUUAUAUAUUAUUUGCAUUUAAGUUUACAGUAAAAGCUCAUGUUCAGAACCUGUGCUUUUGUGAUUCAAUAUAGCUAGGGUACUUUUGUCACCAGACUUUAAGCAGAGAAGGAAGUGUGAUGGUAUCAUUUCUUUCCAACACCUAGCCCUUCCAAAUGAACAAUUAAAUGAAAGUUAACUGGUACCAUUUCAAUGCUAACCUUCUCUUCUCCUCCACCUGCCCCCCCCUCCCCCCUUUUUUUUUCUUGGUAUCAAAUAAUACAUUGUCAUAAAGGAACUGUCCCUAAGUUUUACCUCUCCUUUGUCUGACCCUCACAAGAGCUUUGGAUUUGGUGACACACCUCCUAUCCCUCUAUUGUUUUCCUCUAAUGCCGUUAUUUUUAGUAGCAAGUGUUAGUGGGGUUUGGUGGUAAAAUAAUUUUGCUGGUGCUGCAGAAUCUUCAAUAAUGUAGCAAUAGUAUCUCAGUAGUAUCACUGUAGUUCACACCCCUGCGUUUUGUGAUGAGAUUGAGUAACCUUCUGGGGAUUUUGAAAAGGUGAGGUGUCAGAUGCUAGUUAUGAAUAUACCAACUGUGCCAAUUACAUAGUAAUUCUGAGUAUGGUAGAAGUCUUUGCCUGGAUAUUGUAGUGCAGUGUUCAAUUCCAUGGCACAGUUCUAUGACUUUUUUUUUAAUGCAGUUUCAGUAGUUCCUGUUGGGUAUUUGCU